AUGAGAGCAGUUGUCCGGUCUUCAAGCGAUGACAUUCCAGACGAAGAGGUCAAUGGGCUAGAGAAUCCAAACAUUCUGUCGGAGCAAGCAAAUCUAAAUCAGCAGGAAGCGGAGGAUUUGGAGGCAGCCGCAUAUAGCAAGAGAUCGCCCUUGGAAAAGGGACCUCUUCUUAUGUCAAUCCCCUUGCAGAAUGUUGAAGAAGUUACGGAAGUCACCGGAGAGGAGGAGCAAGAGCCCUUGACUUUUGCGCAGCAGAUUGCACUUGCAGACGACAAAGUCCUUUUCCAAGCUCGGGGCAACGGGAAGGCUGAGGCCUGGUGCAGCGGUGCUCCAAGGAUUCCCGGCAGUGCCACCACUGGGGGAAACAGCAAGGGGAAGGCAGCAGAAGGAGCCAGCCAGCAAGCAGGGGAUAAGGGCAAGAACAAGUUCCAGAGCAAGGCACCAAGAAGCCUACCAGCACGGGAGACAGAGGCAAAGAAGGCGGCAGCAGGCAACAAGCGCAAGGCGCCAGAAGGUCCAGCUCCCACCUCCAAGCGUGAUCCAAAGAAGCCGCAUCGGUACAGGCCAGGCACCCUAGCCCUCAGGGAGAUCCGGAAGUACCAAAAGAGCACGGAACCUGUCGUCCCAGGCUCUCGUUCGGUCGGCUCGUGGCAGUCGUCCGCUCUAGACGCACUUUUGGAGGCGAGCCAAGACUUUACCGUGGGCCUCUUUGGGGACGCCAUCUUCUGCGUUGCGCACGGCAAGCGCAGGACCCUCCAGGCGAAGGACUUGGACCUAGCGCGCCGGAUCCGCGUGAUCCGCGACGACGACAACAACAGAAUGCCUUUGCAGAGGGAGGUGGAGCACGGGCGCUCCUACGACAAGAGGGAGUACUACCCUGAUCUGCCUGCUGGCGCGGAAAGGUGGAAGCCGCCGAAGCAGAUCGAGCGGGAGGAGAGAGAGGCAAGGGAACGGGAGCGCGCUGCCGCUCAAGAGGCAGCGCAAGGCGGGGCUGAAACGUUCAAGGCGGCAGAAGAGAGAGGGAAGCAAGCGGGGGAAGCAAGGCAAAUAGAUUCUGCGCCUCCCCCCGAGUUCUUCAAUGUCAAGAUCGACGUCUCCGCGACGCUAGCCGCUAAUGCAGCGGAUCUGGACGGCAGCUCAGUAUACAGCCAGCUGUACAGCGCGUGGCGGCGGGCGUGGCAGGGAGAGCUAACCCCGGAUGGCCGAGUGGCCAUCGGCGUUAUGGUUGACUUUUUGGAAGGCCCGCGGCGAAAGGCCAUCCGCUCAGCUGGAGGUGAGGACGACGGGGACAGGUGGAGGCUUCGGCUAAGAAACAUCCACGAGCUGUUCUUGAAGGGGACGGCGAGACGGGGGCAGGGGGUUUUGAACGGGGCGCCAGCGGAUUCGAGAUGGGGAGCGGGGCAGGAGGGGCGGACUGCGUUCCUCGAAGACGCAAUUCUGUACGUCCUCAAUGCCCGGAUGGAACAAGAGGAGUGGGUCUCCCCACCCUUGCACGUCAUCGACUGGAAGACGCAGAGGAAGCAGUGGUCCAAUGAGGGGCUCAGUGAAGCGGCGCAUCAAGAGAUGGAGGUGGAGACGGUGGUAGCCAUGCUGAGAAAGCUCCCGGUGUUUGUGUUAGAGGGGUUAGGGCCGUACUAUUCGGCAACGCAGCUGAAGUACGCCACCGGCACCAACUCCCACGUUCUAACACUGUACCGCUUCACCCGGGAUGCAAAGCGGCUGGGCGGAAGGGACCGGGAGAAAGGGGAGCCGGAGUUUGAUGGGUUCGAGCUGAAGGGAGGUCUUCCAUUGGCGGGAAAGGCCGACGGGCGCGCGGCCGGACCCCAACCUGCUUCGGGCGAUUGGGUACGAAGCAGAGGGACUCCGAGGAAGGCGGGCGAAACGCAAGCGAGCCGGAGAAAGGAGAAGAGAGCGCAAAAAAGCGGGUCAUUGGAGGAGGAGGAGGCGGACGACGGGGAAGGGGACAACGGGGAAAGGUUGGAAUCGGACUACGAGUCCGAAGAUGACGCCAAGUCGGUGGAUUUGGAAGCGGACGACGACGAGAUGGUGCCGCGCUUCCUCAACAAAAAGGAGGGCCGGGACACGUACGGUCCCGUGCCAGUGCGGGGGCUGGGAGACAUGGGGCGGGGUUUCUGGCAGGACUUCGAGAUUCCGGACGAGUUGGUCAUGCUCCAGACCAACUACAAUCCGGAGCUGGCGGAAAAGUUCCUCGCCCGAAACAACCUCUGGAAGGCCUCCAUGGUGUCCCGAAUCCUGCCCGUCGUCGUCCAGUUCAACACCCCUGCCGAGGAGGUGUUCUUCGCCGAGGCGGUCAUCCGGACGGCCUUCCCUGGCUUGCAGGACCACGGUCGUUCGCUGCACAUGCAGGCGUUGCAGGUCGCCAAUGGUGCCCCACUAGAGGCGACCGAUCACGGCACGAGCGAGCAGCUGGCCCGGAUUGCGUGGCGGCGGCGGGAGGAGAGGGACACCUCGGAAACCGACAACGGCUUAAUGCUGACAGAGGCUGAACGGGAGUGGAAACGGAAGCGUCUCGAGGACCAGGCCUUGCUGGGGGAGCGCGCGGAGCAUGAGAUUGCGGCGGCUGCCAUCGAUUACAAGCCGCGCGGCAGAAGAGGGGGUAGAGUCGUUGUUUAA